AGUCCCGUAACCGCAUGGUGGAGAGCAUGGAGAUUUUCGGCGAGGUCCUCAAGUAUCCCGCAUUCCAGAACAUUCCAGUGAUUCUCAUCCUGAACAAGAAUGACGUGUUUCGAGCCAAGAUCAAGGAGGUGGCGAUUAGGCAGUUCUUUCAGGAUUUCGCAGGCGCAGACUACGACGAAAACGCGGGUCGGGAAUACAUCACCAAACGCUACGAACAGAUCACCAAAGAUCAUAAAAGGAACAUCAUGGUGCGCUACACGGAAGCCACUGAUACGAGAGACUUCCAGGAUGUCUUCAGCUUCGUCAGUGACUUCGUUUCGAGGUUUUUACUGAGGCGCGGGGCUCUCUUCUGAGGCCGUGAGGGAUACGGACCUAUCUUUAAUUU